AUGUCGGCCAACCUCACUAGUAGACAGGAAUUCUCUCCUUCCUGUCCCGCUGGAGGUACGUGGUGGUCAUGCGGCUACGGAACAUUCUUCGUAGGCUGCUGCGCAAGAGAUCCAUGUGAGAUCACCUGUGCACAAGGCAAUCUAUAUCCUGGAUCCUUUGACGCAGCUGCGUACGGGUUAUUCCCUGAUGCUACGUGCGGAACUGGAAGCAAAUUCUACACAUGCACUCCAGCUGAUGCUGACGGCGAUCUUGAACCCGCCAUCAUCAAUCGCCCGGACUUGCUCAGUGCCUACCACGCCACUGGCGGAUCUACAACAGUAUCCAGCGCUACACCGACAUCAUCACCAUCUUCAUCUACCGAAAGUGUAUCCGUAAAUGUAGCCAACGCACCAUCAUCCACAACUACACCUGGAUCAACGACUACAUCUCCAUCAGCCACUGCCUCAGCUCAAGCCGAAGACAAAAUACCAGUCGCUGCUAUAGCGGGUGGGGCAGCAGGUGGCGCUUUUGCGCUAGCCUUGGUCGUUGGAUUCGUGAUAUGGUUUAUAUGUUUCAGAAAAAGGAAAGGAAAGAACGAUGAGAAUGGAGAUGGAAUGGAGCGAAGACAAGACAUCCUACCUAUCGGCGGAAUGACGGAAAACCAACAAUCGCAACAACAUCAAAUACACAUACGAACGAAGUCAACCGACCCACCGCCAUCCUACACGUCCCCAACCCCAGGCUUCGACAAUACCUUUUACAGCCAACAAUCCCCUCUUAACCAGCACCCGCAAUCAUCUUAUCAUCCUCAAGAUCCGCGCUACAUAGCUUACGCACACCGCGACCCGAACUACGCCUCUAACAACCAUGCCUACCACGACCAUCCACACGACUGGCACCCACCACCCCAAGAACUCCCCCUCUCAAUUCCCUCGACCAUUCCUACACCAGCCCAAUUCCGAGCUCACAAAUCCAUGUACGGACAUGCAAGAGGACCUUCUGAACUAUCAGGCGACCAUCCAAGGAGUGAAUUAGACAGCGGAGGAGAACUAGAGCCGGAAUCGCCGGUAUUGAGUGGUAUUUGGCAAAAUGAGCAGGACUAUAUAGAUAGACACGUAGCGGGUCCGGAUACUCCACAGCAGAUGUGGAUGGCGCCUCAGGAUUGGGGAUCCCGGAGUACUAAAUCUACAGCUCUUAACCAGCAGAGACCUGGAGAACGGACAGGAGAAGUCGAGUCAAGUGAUUUUAGAGGACCGCAGGGCUUGGGUGUGUUGGACGAUACGUCGGAGGGAACUGAUAGAAUGGAGGGGCACAGAGCGGAGCGGAGAGAUGUGGGAAAGAGAAGGAGAGGCGAUCAUCACGCUUUGUGA